CUUCCGUAGUUGGCCUCUUUCCGUUGCAAACAACUUAUUGGAGAAUAAAAAAGGUUCUGCCCUCUCCCCCCACUUAUGGAUCGCUUAUUGGCUCUAUAGAUGGUCCUCUUCAGUGUUCAACCAUGUUCCUUUCUGUGAAGGCCACUUUUGUUGUUUGGCCCAGAAGUCUUUCUCCACUACCAACAGUUGUAUGCUUUUUUCAAGUAUUCUGUGGUGGAAAUCUUUUAUGGUUUUGAUUCUAUGCCUUCUAUUGUUGCUUUUUGCAUAGAAGUUUGCUCACUUCAUUAGCAUUUUGUUCAUGCAUCCAUUUUCAAUCCAGAUUGAAAACAAACAUACAAUUUGGGUGGUAAAACAAGCCAAAAGCCAGAAAUUAGCACAGAAGUUGUCCUAUAAUAACUUACGAAUUUAUGAAUCUUUAUUUGAUUUAUAGUUUAUCUAUAUCGAUCUUCUUGGUAAUACAAAUGUGUCCAUUUUGGUAGAUGUUAAAUGUAGAGUUUGGCAUAGCACAAUAGCACAUGAUAUGGGGACAGUGUAAGGUUUCUGUUGUCAAUCAUAACCUGGCAAGAAUUGCUUGUACAUUUUAUAUUUGAUUGUUUUGAAAUCUAUUAAUCUUGUCUUUCAGUAUAAACUCUAUCCUACCCCUUAGAUUUCAGAGAUAAGAGACAGAUUCUUUUAGUUUCUUAAAGGAAAAGAUGCAAACGGGUGGGGAAUAGGAUGAUCAGCACAUGGGGAUGUUGGUGCAUGUUGCUUUUUCUCUAUAUUGAAAUUCUUUUGUUAUAGGUCAUAAUGUCAUAUUGUCUUAAAUGGGUUGGGUAGCGUAUCAAAUAGAUAAAGCUUAAGAACAAAAUCACAAUGAGGUGAUGACGUGCCAAAGUUCUUUUUAUUUGUAUUUGAUUUUUAUAAAUAACUAAUUGGUUAUUAUAAAAAAUAAUAAUUAACCUAUAACUUUCUAUGUAAAACAAUUUUAGAAGAUGAGAACAGUUUAGUAUUCUUUGACUGAUUUAUACAACAAUAUUUUAUCUUUUUAUCAAUUUACACGACCACGUUCCGACCCUUUUACGGACAUCCACACUUAAAAUAUUACAUAUCAACAAGUAUUUAAAGCUCCUAAAAUUUAUCAACUUGAACGAUUGUUAAUAUAAUAUAGUAAAAUUAAAAUAUAAAUAAAUUGACUUGUUUUGUAGAGAGGGAAACAAAGAUGUGCGAAGUUGAGUUAUAUGUAAUGAUAGAGCUUCAUCUGGCAUUGCCAUGUGCAUCUAGCAACUAGAAAUGCCUACGGUGAACAGCAGCAGUCCAGCACCUUGCAGCACGAGAUCAUGGUCUAUCAGUGAUGAUUCGUUGAGGAGGUACGUCUUCUUCGCAAGUGAGAGCUGCAUACAAGAACUAUUAUCUGCUUCAGAUUCCAACAGGGCUGGAAACGGGAACGAUGGAUGGAAAGUACUGGCUUUUGAAGAGGGAGUUGAGAUAUCCAAACGUAGGUCUGGAUCUGGAUCUUUUCACGCUUUUAGAAGCCGGUGGUUGCUUAAAUCCGUGUCAACUGAACAAUUUAUCACAGUUGCAAACGCCAUUGAUGCCGCAAAGCAAUGGGACUCGGAUUUGGUGGAAGCAAGAUACAUCAAAGAUCUUGAUGAAAACCUGAGCAUUAUACGACUGAGGUUUGGGGAGAGUGCUAAGCCUGUUUUCCGUAACCGAGAGUUCAUUGUGUACGAGAGACGCGAAACAAUGGAUGAUGGGACUCUGGUGGUAGCUGUAGCUUCAUUGCCAAAAGAGAUAGCUGCAGGGUUGCAGCCAAAGCAGAAUAAUUCUAUAAGAGGGUUGCUACUGCAAUCCGGAUGGGUUGUCGAAAAGCUUGAUGAUGAUUCAUGCAUGGUCACUUAUGUAGUUCAGAUGGAUCCUGCUGGAUGGUUACCGAAGUUCUUUGUGAAUCGAUUCAACACAAAACUGGUUAUGAUCAUUGAAGACCUUUGGAAACAAGCUCAAGCUUGCUCUGCCAUUCCUUCCAUUACUGAUCCAUCAUGAAACAAGGAUCUACAAUUAUAGUGAUACUGAGUGAAUACGGUUUACGUAUGAUUGUAUCAUGUCAUAAUGUUAUAUAUAUGUAUGAUAGAACAAAUCAAUCAAUUUUGAAGAGUAAUGAUAACAAGUGUCCACCCCUUAUUAAUUUGGAAACAGAGAAAAACAUUCGCCAAAAAAACAUUCUACAC